AUGGCGUCGACGGUGGGUGCCGCAUUCUCCGACGUGACGUGUACCUCGGCUUACGACAUGGCGACAGCACUCAAGGCUGUGGAAGACAGCCAGACUUUUUUGACCGCCGAGUACAAUGCCUACGUUCGCCGCGCCAUGCACCUUUUCCGCCAGAAGAUGCGCGAAGCUAAAAUCGACGUCAAGGAUGAACACUACAUCUUCCUCCACAAUUUCCGUGUGGCCAAGUCGUGGACCGAGGUUGUAUCAGCUUUCAUGGAGCUGACGCCAAGACACCAUGUUUUCUUUGACCGCAAGAUGAGGAGGAUGAUGAUGAUGAUAAUGGCGAAGAGUGUUCUGAGGGAUGAUGAUGGCAAUGGCAGUCAGCGAGAGAGUGCACGAGGUCAGCAAGAUGACGGUGAAGAAGAGUGCAAGCCAGACACAAUGAGCCCCGAACUUUUGCGCGCGCAAGCCACCAUUUUGGACUUCAUUGAAGAUGCAAUGGCCGAAAUCGUCGUCGAUCUCAACCAUGAAGAUGCUUGGAAGAAGAAAGUCACAAAGCUGGAAGGAUUAGUUCAAGCGCGACAUGCCAUUGAUUUUCUUGGCAACAAGAAGCGGCGCAAGCAACUGGAUCCCAACGACCCCACACCCAGGUCCACUGGCACCCCCUUUCAAACCUAUGCGGUCAUGGAGUUGAAGCACCACGAUUCCUCCCUCUCCACCCCACAGGCCGAGCCCUGUGCCGCCACCGAGCACGCCGGGUUGCUGCUGGCCUGCGUGCGCGACAAGGCCAUGGUCAUGCUGACGGCUAUGCACCUGGCCGCGGCCUGGCUCCGCACCCACGGCGCGCACCUGAUUGACGGGCAGGGGGACGUGUGGGACUCGAUCCGGCCCGCCGCGAGCCUCGGCGUCGACUUUCCGUUUGCCGCGGCAUAUCUAAACGCCUUCCGGCUGCUGUGUGGGCCGCGGACGGCGAUCCACUGGAGCCGGCCCCUGCAGCUCGACGCCGGUUUUGUGGGCAGCCUGUUCAAGGUCGAGGGACCCUUGGCGGGUCUGGCCGCGUGCUGUGACGUGCCGACGCCUGAGAUGCGGGCGGCGCAGCUAUGGAGUCCUCGUCCGGCUGCGAUCAUCCUGUGA